AUGCCCAAGGCCAUCAUGUCGAGAAAGUUUCUUCAAAUUCAACAGAUAAAUACGGAAACCAGAGGCUGGACAGCAUUGAUACAGGUGGUGGAGAGAACCAAAGUGUUGACUGGCCGCCCACCGAAGAACACCAAGUUUCGUAGAUUUCAGCUUACCGAUACAGAGGGAACAAAGGUUACUGCACUUGUUUAUGGUACUGAUAUUUAUGAAUUGGAAGAGAAGAACAAGUUGCUACUUUAUAAGAGAUACUAUGUGUCAAAUGCUGAAGUGAAAGAAGCAGACCCUAAAUAUUUAGUUGGCGAUUACCCAUUUAGCUGGACAAUUACAAAACGUCAUUUAAUCGAGGAAGUUAAAGAGCCUGUACCUCCUCAGUUUUCUUGUCGCAUUGAUAUUCAAAAGUACCAAAACCUCUUCCGAUUUGCUGAGACAGAGAAUCUACAGAACCUCUCUCUGACUACUAGAUUACCAAGUGCUGUUCUCAUAAAUCCACCAAUGAAGGAAGCUGCAACACUUAAGCAAUGGUCUGUUGACCAAAAAAAUGUCCUUCACUCAUUUGUGACAAAAGAGGCAUUUAAAGAUCCUUUGGUUGUUCUACCACCCCCAAGUGAAAAAGAUAUUAUCUCAAUCCAAGAGGCACUGGCCACUUUAAAAGUGAACAAAUCUGCAUGGAUUCGUGGUGUUGCAUCUCUCACCAUAGAUCAAAAAUCACUUUGGUUCACUGCAUGUAUCAACUGCCAGAAAGAGAUAAGUGCACCAAUAAACUGGGAUAUAAAUUGUACAUUGUGCAGAGAGGAUAGCAAGGUUAUUGCCAGAUGUCGCUUUGUUAUCGCUAUAAAAGAUGAAACUGGAGUACUUGAAGCUAUGGUCACAGGCAUAGAAGCAGAGCAUCUAUUACCAUUUACAGGGGAAGAAAUGAGCAUAGCAGAGGCUGAGAACAAAAAUAUAUUACCUGAGAUUGUUGCUGGCUUUUACAAGAACCCAAUUACUUGUUUCGUCCGACAUUAUGAGGGAACCUAUUCCAACAUCACUGCUGAUAAGUAUAGUGUGGUUAAAAUAUACACGGAAAAAGAAAUCAAGAAGAUAAUUGUAUCUUGCACCCCAAUCAAAGGAAAGGAAAAAAUAACUUCCAUGGAUGAGCAUUUAUUUACACCAACUGCAAAGCUUAUGCUUGAAACAAUUAACUUGUCAACUCCUAAACCAACAGCAAAAACAACCACCAAAGUCGUAUCAACUUCAACCAAACGCCCAUUAAUUUUCACAGCACAGGAGGAAGAACAAGUCACUCUUUCCCAAACCAAACAAUCAGACAUGUCAAUUGUUUCAAAUGAAGAAAGCACCAGGGGAAAGAUUGUUGGUAAAGAUGCAACGAACCCAACUGAACAACACCACUCCAGUCCAGCUAAGAAAAUGAAAGACCAAGACUAAUGGUUCAUUUUGAAGGUGUUCGACUUUUGAUGUUUAAAUACCAAAUCUUGUGGUUAUUUUGGAUGUUGCCUUUUGAACUUCAGUAGAUGUUUGAACUCACCAGAUAAAUGAAUGUUGCAUUUUGGAUUGUUAAAUAUAAAAUGACUAUUCAGCAUUAUUGCCAAUUAAACAAGAAUUCAUUUCUUGUUUGUUGGGCAAUAAUAUCUAACUUUUGUAUCAUAAGCUUAUGCUUUUAUUUUGUAAGUUGCUUUUGGGUGAAUUGCAGAAGAAAAUGUUUGCAUAAAUAUACACUACUUAUGCUUAAUUAUAUAUGAAC